UCUCCCUAGUUGUGGGAGCCGGAGCCUCACACUGGGGCCGCCUUAAAAUAGGGAUCUGGGGGCCCCUCUGUGGGCUCCCUUCAAACUUUCUCGGUGGAGUUUUAUUUUUUUAAUUCAUUUUAUUUUUGUUUACAGAAGAUAAAGAUAUCCCCUUCCAAAAAGGGUAAUAGCUCAUGAAAGUUGGUGACUUUCUAAAAAGCAAAUAAUUCCAAGCUUACCUGAUUCUACCUACUUUGGACCUCCUUCUCCUGUUUAUGGGAAACCAGAUGACUUGCUUUCCUUACUCUUGGGUCAGAAGCCUCUUUGGAAUCUGUGUAAAUCGCAUUGGGAAUCAGGGAGAUAUUGUUGGAGCCUCUCACACCAGUGGCUGCUGAAGUGGAAGAUUCUGGGGGGAAAAACUCUCUUUAGGGGGCACAGGCCACACCCAAGGGAUUUCCAAGAUGACCAACAUACCAGACACCAAGAAGAUGCAGAGUGUCCCCAACCCAGGGGCCCUCUGGCCCUUUAAUGCCUCAGAACAUCUAACACAGGUCCCAGACAAGUCGAUGAAGAGCAUCAAGUACACGAACAAGGAAAUAAUAGACCUCAAAAAAGACCUUGCACGAAGCCGCACGUUGGUUCGGUCGGUGAAGAUAGGCCGCGGGUACUUUAGCAUGCUGCGGGAGGAGAGCGCCUUGAAAAAGAGGGAACAGUACCUUCAGAAACUAAAAGAGGAAGAAAGACAUAAAUUCCAGCCAGCAAAAAAGAUCUCAGAAGUCCACUAUGGCGAUAUUCUUUUGCCAGCGCACAAUGAAGCCAAGAUCAGGAAGAUGGGCGCCAGAGUCGUACUUAGCCCAUUCGUCCCCGUGCACAGCUGCAUCAUCUCGCCCUCGCUGCCCGUGGCUCACGUGGAGUCCCUCUUCCGCCAGCUCUGUGCCCUCCACUGGCUCCUGGAGGCCCUGACUAUCGACCACACCCACUACACUAUGAAGCCCGUGAUCACCUGCUGGAAUCCAAAGGACCCGGGUGGAAGCAAGAGCACAAUAAAAAAAAUCAAUAAGGACAAGUCCAUGGAACAGAGGUGGGAGCACUUCGUGACAGCACCUAAGACCAAGAAAUUCAAACUUCCUGCUCUGCCUGUCACCAUCCGCAAACCAAGCCGGAGAGCCUCCAUCCUCAGUCUGUCGUGGAACAGUGGGGGAUCAUCCCCUCAGGGCAGUAUGGUCUCCAUGAACCCCGGUUCACAUGAGCCCCAGAGUGCGGUCACCCAGGUAAUAGGCAGCAAGGACACUGAGGACAGUGAAUCCUCUUCAACCAAGCCUGACGAAGAACCUCUCCACAUCAAUCUGCAGAAGCUCCUGGAGAUGGUUCGGGAAGAUGCCCGGAUGACAGUCAUGAUGGAAAAUGGGGUGCACAAAAAGGUGCCCAGUACCUUGUCCAUCGUCAGACAAACCAAGAGUGAUUCUACCUAUAAAGACAUGCAGACCACCCUCAAAUCAAGUGAAAGAUCCAGCAGUACAAGUGGAGAAAGCCACACCCCGCUCAUCCAGAGGAAGUCUAAAAGCCGUACCUACCGUGACAUCAUCCAGUACAAGAGUGGAGUGUCCAGUACCAUGAGGGCAAAGUUUUAUGGUGUGGCCCAGGAGGCCAGCUUCUGUCUUCAGGACAAGAUGGAAAUUCUCAUGAAGCGCCAAGAAGAGAGAGGUCUCCAGAAGUUCCAUUCUUUUGUCUUUGUCUCCAGUUUUAAAAAGGAUAUAGCAAAAAUGAGGCAUCGAGUCUCCAUGAUAAAAGCAGAUGCAAAAGAAAUCGCAGACCACUGGUACUUUGAUCUGCUUUCCAAACUCCCCGAGGAUCUGAAGAACUUCCCCCCUGCCAAAAAGAUUCUGGUGAAACUGCAGAAGUUUGGGGAAAACCUAGACCUCAGGAUCCGGCCCCAUGUCCUCCUGAAAGUGCUACAAGACCUGAGAAUCUGGGAACUGUGCUCUCCGGACAUAGCUGUGGCUAUCGAGUUUGUACGUGAACACAUCAUCCAUAUGUCUCAAGAGGAUUAUAUCAACUGGCUGCAGAACCGGAUCAAUAUCUCCAUCCGAUCCUUUAGUCUCCGGACAUAGUCUGGACCUGGGUCAACCCGCUGUCGCAUUGGAGGAGGGCUAGACUACACUGUAUCCCUGCUUCCUAUCCAUGUUCUUCUGUCCUGCCUACUCUCAUGGAUACCCACUAGAACAUAGGAGGGUCAUCUAGAGACUGACUUCUGGCAACAUUCUAGAAGGGGAGGCUCCCAGGUGGAAACUCCUUACAACCUCACACCCCAGCCUCAAACUCCCAGUCUCUGUUCCCCAUUGAUCGAGCCUGACUCUACUCAACCCCUCUCCAGAUUCCUUUACCUUACUCCUCUUCCUCAAAUUCUGGUUAAUAAAAUGGAGCUGAAUGGAAAGAACUGGAACUGUGGAAUUUAGGUAUGAUACUCAGAUCCCAAAAUGACCACAGUUACCAUUUACUGAACUUUUGUUAUGCAAUAAGCCCCCAGUGCUGGGUUAAAUUAUA